GCCUAUAUUGGUAUAUUUAGCCAUUGAUUUUGGUUUAUUAUUCAGUUAUCUAUAAUAUUUGACACAAAUAUAUCACAAUAUAUUUCUAUUAAAGUCUUGACAAUGAGAAAACAUGGCAUUUACUCAGCGACUACCUCCCCUUCCCACAAUUCAAGAAAUUAUUCGAAUUUAUGGACUAAGAGCUAAAAAGAAUCUGUCUCAAAAUUUUCUUCUUGAUCUUAAUUUAACAAGAAAAAUGGUCAAAUCGGCUGGGAAUUUGAAUGGUGCUUUUGUCAUUGAAGUAGGCCCUGGUCCAGGGGGCAUUACUCGUUCACUUAUCAAUACCAAUGCUUCAAAAAUUGUAGCAGUUGAAAAAGAUAGAAGGUUUAUGCCAAGUCUUCAGGUAUUAUCUGCAGCAAGCAAAGGAAGGCUGGACGUUAUUCUCGGUGAUAUAAUGGACACAGAUUUGAUAAGUUUAAUACCCCCUGAACUACACGCUGAAUGGCACAGUUCACCACCUAAGGUUCAUAUCAUUGGCAAUUUACCAUUCAGCAUCGCAACUCCACUGAUCAUCCAGUGGUUGAGGAACAUUUCAGAAAAGUCAGCAGCAUGGCGCUUAGGCAGAGUCCCCUUAACUCUAACAUUUCAAAAAGAAGUUGCGGAGAGAAUAGUUGCUCCUCCCAAAUCAGAACACAGGUGUCGUCUUUCAGUAAUGUGCCAAUAUUUGUGUGAUGUUAAACUACAGUUCAUAAUACCAGGAAAAGCCUUUGUUCCACCCCCUGAGGUUGAUGUAGGAAUUGUAACAUGCAUACCCAAAGUGGAGCCAUUAAUUCAGCAACCAUUUAAGUUGGUGGAAAAAGUUAACCGCCAUCUCUUCCACUUACCCAAUAAAUAUUUUACAAAGACUUUGAGCACACUGUUCCCAUUGGUUAGAGAAGACCUGUGUUACAAUAUACUAGAGACAACAGGUCUUGAUCCCAAGCUUAGAGCAUUUGAAAUGACUAUGGAAGAUAUAAGGAAAGUGUGUGAUGCCUAUGCAGGAAUCAUUGAGAAAGAGCCGCAGUUGUUUGAGUAUGAUUUCAGAAGUAAAGUCGAUUCUAAAGAGAGGAGGUACGAGGGUAAUUUAAUACUGGCGCUAGAGGAAAAGCUGAUGCAGAAAAGGGAGGAUAACUCUGAAGACUCAGGCGUUGAAAGUUCUAAGAUUGGUUAAUGGAUAUAAAUGGUAUGGGUAGGAUUGGUAAUUGGUGAUUUGUGAGCAGUUUCUUCCAGGCAUCUCUUU